CUUUUUGUGUGACGUAGAGUAGAGAAGAAGAGCUCAGGGGUCAAACUAGGUUCUGGGAUUUUGUUUAUUUUAAUUUUUUUAAAGGGCAGAAAUGACGACGUUGCGUGCUUUUAAUUGCGAUGACCUUUUCAAGUUUAAUAACAUAAAUCUGGACCCAUUAACAGAGACUUAUGGCAUUCCCUUUUACCUGCAGUAUCUGGCACACUGGCCAGAGUAUUUCAUCGUGGCCGAGGCACCGGGUGGUGAGCUGAUGGGCUACAUCAUGGGGAAGGCCGAGGGCUCUGUGGCACGCGAGGAGUGGCACGGCCACGUCACCGCUCUGUCUGUGGCUCCCGAGUUCAGACGGCUGGGUUUGGCUGCCAGACUCAUGGACAUGCUGGAAGAGAUCUCAGAAAGGAAAGGAGGCUUCUUUGUUGACCUCUUUGUGCGUGUCUCCAAUCAAGUUGCUGUAAACAUGUACAAACAGCUCGGUUACAGCGUCUACAGAACCGUGAUUGAAUAUUACUCGGCCAGCAACGGAGAGCCGGAUGAAGAUGCCUACGAUAUGAGGAAAGCCUUAUCGAGAGACACAGAGAAGAAGUCCAUAAUUCCUCUCCCGCAUCCGGUCCGGCCAGAAGACAUUGAAUAACACUAAACAGUGGCUCUCUGACUGGCUCACUUACCCCAUAUUGGGAAAAUUAAGAGACAUAAGAUCUGUCAAGUUUAGUUACUGCAAAUUAAAAAUUAGUCAUUAGAGGGUCACUGCUUUAUAAAUGUUAUUUAUAAAAAAAAAAAAAAAAGCUUUACCUGUUCGAUUAUUUCUGCACCGUUGUGUCCAAAAAUUUAAUAAAAGACAAUUCACCCUUAUUCUGAGU